CCUCGUCUUAAAAGGCCGCGAGAGAGGCCACCGGUGGCUCUCGGCGUCCCUUGCGGAGGAGACGACCGAGGGAGAGAGAGCGCGCGAUCGAGAGAGAGGCAAAGAGGAAAGAAGAGGGAAGAGAGGCGCGGGGCCAGGAAGCGCCUCUCAUCUCUCUUAUAUAUAUAUAUAUAUAUAUCUUUUACUCUCUCUCUCUCACGCCUUUGUGUGCGUCUCCUCCGCCUUCUUCCCUUCGCCGCCGCGGGGCCCCGGCCGGAUGUGAGUAAAUAUUAGCUUUUUUGGCUCAAUUGGCCGAUCCGGAGGGCGAUCAAGGGAGAGAUCGCGAGAUCUGGUGUUUUGACGUGAUCUGCUAGAGAGAUCCGGCGAUCAGGAGUCUUUUGGCUUCUAUCUGGAGAUCUGUGGGGAGAUCCGGCGAGCCGAGCCCUUUCCGGCGAGGAAUAUCCGGAGACAGUUGUGAUGGAGCAUAGCCCAAUGACACUCAAUACCAUGGGCCAACUGUACCAAGAAUGCAUAUCAGAUAGGAAGUCAAGGUUUUGGCAAAUUGAUAACCAAUCAAUUCCCAGAGCAGAACUCAUCUGUCCUCAACCUUGUCGUGCCACUAGGGUCCCUUGUUUCAUGGAUAACAUCAACAGAAUCGGCGCCAAACCAAAGAGCAUUUUGCCCAUGUACAGAGGGGAUUGUGGUCCUGAGAUCCUUGAUAUUAUCUUGAACAAGGAUGAUCCUGAAGGUGAUUUAGACAUGAACAACCAGACAGGCUUCUUCUGUGGCUCGCCGCCUUUACGCACUAACAACCCGGUAGUCCAUGAUGCACAGUUUGCUAAACAAACUCAAAACUUAGCCUCUCCUUUAGGAAACUCUUUUGGGAUGAAGCCGGCUGCGAGAGUGGAAAUAGGCUCCCCAUCCUGUGGGUCAUCAUUUGGAGGGAGCCCCAAGGUAAGAAUCGAAGGUUUUGCUUGUGGCAACUCUGAGUCCCACUGCAUAGUCCCUGCUCUCGCUUGAUACAUCACCACUCUAACCAACUCUUCUGCCAUGCUACUGUAAAUUUUUUCCAUGGUUAAUGGGCCUUUUUAUGAGAGGACCUGUUGAAUCUUUUAUCAGCCUUCCUAGAAAUGCCAGUUUAAAGAAGAGAGUAUGGUCCUGUACAUAUCUUAGGUUUUCAUGUAUCUAGAAUUUGUCUGUACGAAUGAGUUUAGUGUCUGAGGUUUGUUUGAGUUGGAGGCUGGAUUCGGUUUGGAUUCAGACGUGAAAGUGUAAAUAGACCUUUUCUGUAUGAAAUGCUAGUUCUAAACCUAUCAAUGGAAACUACUACUAUUUUCUCA